AUGUCCGUUGUCCCGUUGAGUUCACCUUUGUCGUCAUCGGGCAACAAUGUUAAUAUUAAUCACAAUGCAAAUGAUUCAUCAAGCGUAUCGUCUCUUCUUGUCGACUAUUCGUUAUUAAAUUCAAUCAUUGAAUCCAAUCAAUUUGAAAAAACUCUUGAACUCUAUUCCUUAAUGUUAAAUACAUCAUUCAAUUACGAAAAUAAAAUCUCUCUUGAGAUUUUCAUCAAAGAACUCUUACAUGAAUGUUCAACAGCAAAUUUAUCCACUGAUUAUCAAGAAUUAACGAAUAUUUUACAAAAAGAAUCGUUUCAUUCAUUAAUUUCUUCGUAUGAUUUAAUUCUUGAACAUUAUUUUCGUGAAAAAUCAUCAAAAGAAGCCGAUAAAGACGAACAAAGUUGUAUUGUUUCCCUUUCAUCUUCAUCAAAAGUGAUCGAUGAAGAAAAAGAAAAUUCGACCUAUGCAACGAAAUUAUCCGAAUACAAUGUCAGUCGAUUGAAAAUUGUUCGUUUAGAAAAACGACAAGGUGAACCAUUAGGUGCAACAAUAUGUCGUUUAUCCGAACAUGAUUAUCGAAUAUCCAUUGCUCGAAUUGUCUUCGGAAGUAUUGCACAAGGUUUAUUUUCAAUUGGUGAUCAAUUACUUGAAAUCAAUCAUAUUUCAAUUCAAUCAGAAUAUCGAACAUUAGAUGAAAUUGUUCAAUUAAUUGAUUCUCUUCAAGGUACAAUUACAUUUCUUCUUCUUCCUUCAUCCGAUCUUCGAAAUAAUUCUCUUGGUAAAACUAAUCCAAUAUUUCAAUCGAAUCAAGAUGAUUGUUCAUCAGUUUAUGUUCGAACAUUAUUUUCUUAUGAUCCAUAUGAUGAUAUGUAUAUUCCAUGUCGUGAAUUAGGUCUUUCAUUUGAAGAAAAUUCCAUUUUACAUAUUGUUAAUCAAGAUGAUCAAUCAUGGUGGCAAGCUUUUCUUAUGGAAAAUGAAGAAAAUAAGAAGAAACAACAAUAUCCAGGUCUUAUUCCUUCGAAACAAUUUCAAGAGAAACGUUUGAAGAUUGUCAAAUGUUUACUGGAUGAAGAAACAAUUCAAACGAAAAAGAAAUUGAAAAAAAAGAAAAUUUGCAAAUCGAUUUCUCAACAAUCAACUCGACAGAAAAUCUUAACAACAUUCAGUUUUGGAAUUUAUGAACCUGUUGAAUGGUUUCUUCCAAAUUCCACACGUAAACGACCGAUUGUGUUAAUUGGUCCACCACAUAUUGGUCGACAUGAAUUACGACAACGUUUAAUGAAUUGUUUAGAAUUAUCUUCAUUAAUUGAUGUUGCUGUUCCACAUACAACACGUACGAAAAAAGAUGAUGAAAUCGAUGGACGAGAUUAUCAUUUUAUAACACGUUCACAAUUUGAAAAAGAUAUUUCAAAUGAUUUAUUUGUUGAACAUGGUGAAUAUGAAAAGAAUCUUUAUGGAACAUCAAAAUCAGCGAUUGAAAUAUGUUGUCAAACAUUGAAUAAAAUUUGCAUUUUAAAUUUAUUACCUGAAGGACUCGAUUCAUUGAAAUAUUCCAAUCUUUUACCUUUUGUUAUUUAUAUGAAAAUUCCAUCGACAAUUCACAAAUUAAGAGAAUAUUUUUAUGUUAAUGAACAACAAUGGAAUGAAAUUGAAACAAAAACACAUCUUAUUGAAGAAAAUUAUUCUUAUUUAUUUGAUAAAAUUCUUUUUUUAAAUGAUUCAUUUGAAUCAAUUUUUUCACAAUUGAAGAUUUUAGUUCAAGAUGUACAAAUUAAACCUAUGUGGGUUAAUCAAUGUUGGUUUUCUCCUAGAGAACGUUUUUAA